UCUCGCGAGAAUGUUUGUGACGUUUGUGAGAAGGGUCGUCAUUCUUACUUCCUUGUUCAAAUUAUGACAACCACUGUACGUUCAAACUUUAUCAAAGUGGAGUUUCGUUCAAGGUGAAGCUAGCCUCCUGUAGGAGAAAUGGGAAACUGUUUAUCCAGAAAGGAGGACCUGGGCAAGUUGCCGCCCUCCAUCAACCAACUGAAUGGCGGUCCUGUUGACCACAACAGUCCGCCAACCAGCCCUAAUGAUGUCAGCGUGGGCUUCAAGCGGGACCUGCCGCCACUGCCGCCAUCAAAACAGGUCAUCAAAUUCCUGGCUAUGUAUGAUUUCGAGGGUAUUAAUGAAGAUGACCUGUCCUUCAGGAAGGGAGAUCGUCUGGAGAUUGAUGAAGCCAGUCAGAACAGUGACUGGUGGAUAGCGACCAAUGUGAAGACGGGGCACCAGGGCUACAUCCCCAGCAACUACGUGUGCAAGGACGAUGACUCCCCACAAGCACAAGAUUGGUGGUUUAAUUUUGACCGCAAAGACUCCGACAAGAUGCUGCUUCUCCCUGGUAACAAGGUUGGCACAUUCCUGGUCAGAGAGUCCACAGACAAAUCCUCCCACGUGCUGUCUGUGCGAGACCAUGACAAGGCCCACGAACCCUGUGUCAAACAUUACCGAAUACGUAAGCUGGACAAUGGCGGCUUCUACAUCAGUCCGAAGAGGACCUUCACCAACAUGAUCGAUCUGAUAGAUCACUACAGAAAAAGCACAGAUGGGCUGUGCACAGUGCUAACAGAAGCAUGUCCAAGGAUUCGACCGAUUGUACACUUCCGGGAGCUGGAAGUAGCCCGAGAUUCAUUAAAGAUGGCGGCCAAGCUUGGAGCCGGGUGUUUCGGAGAAGUAUGGAAGGGUAAGCUCCGGAAUGUGAUAGACGUUGCCGUGAAGACCCUCAAACCUGGCACCAUGUCCCCAGAAGCCUUCCUGGCCGAGGCGAAGAUCAUGCACAAGCUGCGUCACAGCAAGCUGGUCCAGCUGAUAGCUGUCUGCUCCGAGGAGGAACCCAUCCUCAUCAUGACGGAGCUGAUGGUUAAUGGCGCCCUGCUGGACUACAUCAGGAAGGACGAGGGCAGACUGAUCCGCUUCCCCACCGUGAUCGACAUGGGCUCCCAGAUUGCUGAGGGCAUGGCAUUCUUGGAGGCUGAGAACUUCGUGCACCGAGAUCUCCGUGCUGCCAACAUCCUUGUCGGUGAACACCAUGAUGUCAAGGUUGCCGACUUUGGUCUGGCGAGAAUUCUCCAAGAUGAGGAUAUUUAUGAGGCUACAGAGAAUACAAAAUUCCCCAUCAAGUGGACAGCACCAGAAGCUGCUCUUGAAAGGAAAUUUUCCGUCAAGUCAGACGUGUGGUCAUUUGGUGUCCUCCUGUACGAGCUGGUCACCUUCGGGAGAGUUCCCUACCCUGGUAUGGGAGGCUCCGAGGUGCUGCACAAGGUGGAUAAAGGCUACCGGAUGCCCAAACCCACUGGACCAAUCAGCUACACCGAUUCCUACUACGAUAUCAUGCUUAAGUGCUGGAACAGAAAACCCGAGGAUCGGCCAACGUUCUCAUACCUGCAUGAUUUAUUUGAUGACUACUUCGUAGCCACGGAACCCGACUACCGAGAUGCUGAUGACAUGUGAUGACAGACACCCUGUCACCAUGGAAACAUAGACUUGGCCAGCAGGAAUCUUCCGGCAUAAUACAUGAAUGUUGAUGAAUGCCAUCUACGAUUUGAUUGGUGCAUGCAGAUAUAUUUGUAACCAAUGGAAUUCACUUAAUCAGUUGCUGCAGUGCGGCCACAUACGAUGCAAUCACCCAUGGCAGACAACGUUAACCACAUCUGCCAUGUUCGAUUUUUUCCCAUAUCAAAUUCAUCGUUUUUGAGUUUUUUUUGUUUAUUAUUCAAAUUGUACAGUGUUUAAAUUUUAUGAAAUAUUUUUUAUCACUUGUAUAUAUUUAAAAUCAAUUUUAUGGACAUAUAUAGAUCAGUUUUAUAUGAUAUCAUACAAAGUAUGACAUCCGGCUCGGAUCCUCCCUUUCAAGUUACCGAGGUACUAUUUUUGAAUUUUUACUUUGAUGUCACCUUAAUGGUAGAUAUAUAUUUUGGUAUGUUCAAAAUGUGAACUGUCAACAGAUGAUAAAAUUCAGAGGAAUAGAUGAAGCACUGAUGAGGAAAGAACAAUUCAGCCAUGAAAAGUAGUGAUUGGUACAACAGAAAUCACCAAGUGGUUGAAGAAGGGAGGUAAGUCACUACAUCGUUGUAGUUAUCUCCCUUUGAAGUGAAUGUACUGUUGCCCAUUCAAUGCAGCGAUCUUGGUGCAAAUGAUUGUUUGUGUUUAGAAAGAGUAGAACAAGUGCCUUUCUUGAUUAUUAAUAAUAAUUCCAUCAGUGUUGUCAUUUAAUUCCGAACUUCAUGAGAUUGUCUUAUUGACAUAAUGUGUCUUUUGUACCUCACUAUGCUCAAUGUCUUCUGAACCGGAGCCCCAAUUGUCUGGCCUCUCUGACAGCGUGGGAGUAACCAGUGGAGGAUGCUUUGGUGAUGUUCAGAGUCUUGUAUAUUGUUUGUCUCUCAUAUUUGUGUUCUGUCAGUUUUCAUUUUCAUGGGGAUAAUUCAUUUUUAGCAGAAAGUUUCGUCAUUUUUAUCUUCCAAAUUGUACUUCCACAUCAGAGGGAGUUGUUGGAGGGAUGAGUUUGGAGAUUCAAGUUCAUUUCCUUAUAUUGAUAGGUUUUGUCGGAUCGAGAUACAAUUGCUUACAAUAAAGACAAUGAAAGGAAAUUAUUACAUGUGAACAUAGAAGUGUUGUUGAUAAUUGUAUACUGUCAUCCUGACAACUUGUAAUUUAGGUUGAAAAAAUACAACAGGGUUGGAGUUGACUGGCUGUGUGGAGGGUUGUCAAUGCUGCUGAUGUAAUAUUCACUUCAUCAGCUUAGUCAUGUGAUGGGUUAAUAGCACAGUGGCUAGAGUGUUAACUAAACACACUAAAGGUUCAGGUUUGAUUCUUUCAGGUUUUCUUGGUGUCCUCUGCCAUAUUUGUACACCGUUGCUAAAGGCAGCAUAAGACUAACCAAACCCAUUCUCAGCUCACUUGUCAGGGAUUUCCCAUUACCAUGGUUACCAUCAAGUUGCAUAUGUUUUUGUAAGGCCUUUUUUGUAUUAGUUAGUUUACAAAAUAUUUAGCCUAAAUUUCAAUGUUGAGGGUCGAAAAUAUAUGAAUAAUUUUCAACUUCCAGAUUAACACUGCCACUAAUCUGUGUAAAACAACAACAUGGCAAGAUAUUGAAUUUACUGAAAGAUUGAUUGUGUUUUUUGUUAGAAUAAAGAUUUUUGUUCAUAUUCACCUUUUCUUACAAACAGCAGUGAUAAAAUCUUGAAGUUUUAUCAUUUCACCUCUCAGCCAAAAUAAAAAUGGUUAAAAGUCAUUUUACUGUUUUCCUAUUUCCAGGUUUUUUGUCAGUUGGUCUCAUAAAGCAAAUAAAAAAGUAUAUAAAACCUUAGGACACUACAGGGGAAAAAAUCAUUCCGAGAUAUCCCAAAAUGUAUGUUCAUUCCUGAGUGAUUUGAAGAGAUUUUCGUUUGUUUCUCAUUUUUCUGAUUUCUAUGUUAUUCCUUUAAUAAUCACACUCUUCAUCACUUGUGGUUUCGGGAAGCAUUUCUGUGUGAUUUCUUUCUUCUUUCAUUCCAAGGUGAAAGUGAUGUCGGGUCUAGAUUUCGUCAUAAAGCAACAUGAGCUACUAAUUAACAAUAGUUCAGAUGAUACUGAUUUUCUUUCCUUCAUCUAUGUGCUGCAGGAGUUUUAUCACUUUGAUGUAAGAGCCAAAUUGAUUAAUUGGUUGCAAUUUAUUUAAGAAUUGUCCUUUUUGCGUUUAUGGAGGUAUUAACAAAAAAAUGAUCUGGAUACUGUGUAAAUCUGCAAAGCCGAUUUUUUUCAAAGUGUCCACACCCAUGUUUACGUUUGUGACUCCAUAAAUGCCAACACAUAUUGAAGUCAAUCUUAUAGGUAAAUAUGUCAAUGAUAUUAACUUCACAGACUGAAGACACACAGCUUAUUUAAACUGAGACAACAAUCCAACAGUGGCAUCCUCUAGCGCAGUAAUGUGACUCAGGUCCUGCCCAUUAUUUACAAACUGUUAUGAUGUAGUUUGAAAACAGCAGCA